AACUGGGGGUGGGGCGAGCCCGAUGUUGGGGUUAGGGGGCGUGGUCUCAGAGGCGCCUGCGCGGAGGCGGUUGGAGGGAGGCCCGAUUCCCCUUUGUUCGGGUUCGCCAUUUUGCGAGGCAGCGGCAGUGGCGGCGGCAGCGGCGGCUGGAGCCUCUGAUUGGGUUUCGGGGUCCGGUACUGGAGCCAAUCAGCGCGGGCAGCGAACCGGGGGAGCGAGGCACGGUUCAGGGGCAGCCAUUAAUGGUACAGGUCAGUGGAGGCCAAUUAAUCACAUCAACUGGCCAGCCCAUCAUGGUCCAAGCUGUCCCUGGUGGACAAGGUCAAACCAUCAUGCAAGUACCUGUGUCUGGGACUCAGGGUUUGCAGCAGAUACAGUUAGUCCCACCUGGACAGAUUCAGAUCCAGGGUGGGCAGGCUGUGCAGGUGCAGGGCCAGCAGGGCCAGACCCAGCAGAUCAUCAUUCAGCAGCCCCAGACAGCAGUCACUGCUGGCCAGACCCAGACACAGCAGCAGAUUGCUGUCCAGGGACAGCAAGUGGCACAGACUGCCGAAGGGCAAACCAUUGUCUAUCAGCCAGUGAAUGCAGAUGGCACCAUUCUACAGCAAGUUACAGUCCCUGUUUCAGGCAUGAUCACCAUCCCAGCAGCCAGCUUGGCAGGAGCACAGAUCGUUCAGACAGGAGCCAACACCAACACAACCAGCAGUGGGCAAGGGACUGUCACUGUGACACUACCAGUGGCAGGCAAUGUGGUCAAUUCAGGAGGGAUGGUCAUGAUGGUGCCCGGUGCUGGCUCAGUACCUGCUAUCCAAAGAAUCCCUCUCCCUGGGGCAGAGAUGCUCGAAGAAGAGCCUCUCUAUGUGAACGCCAAACAGUACCACCGUAUAUUAAAGAGGAGGCAAGCCCGGGCUAAACUAGAGGCAGAAGGAAAAAUCCCAAAGGAAAGAAGGAAAUACCUGCACGAGUCUCGGCACCGUCACGCCAUGGCUCGGAAGCGGGGUGAAGGUGGACGGUUUUUCUCUCCAAAGGAAAAGGAUAGUCCCCAUAUGCAGGAUCCAAACCAAGCAGAUGAAGAAGCAAUGACACAGAUCAUCCGAGUGUCCUAACCCCAGGCCCUGUGAUGGAGCAGAUCAAGGUCAUGUUCCUUGCCAUUGUUUCCCACUGUUCCUGGAAAUUGAUCACCUCUUCCAAUGGGACACUGACGAUUCCGUGCUGCCCUUUUCUACAGGACAAACCACUUAGUUUUUAAUAAGUGGCUCAGUAUUAUAAUUGCAGCAAUGUCUGGCAAAUUGAAGUCGCAAGCCUUUGUCUCGCCCUUUCAGACAGGACCUAUUUCAGACUGUUGAUGACAUUGACAUUUCGUGGAUUAGGAUGAUGCAAGGGACCUGUGCACAUAAGUGCACACACAGCACUUACUUUGGCUUCUGAAGCCAGCCAGCCAUCUUAGCAAGGGAGAACAACCUUCUCAACCAAGACUGAAAUCAGGGAAGCCGAUGCCCACUCCUUCCCAUGGAAUCUAAGCAGCAUCCAUCCCUCUGAUGUGGGAUCUCAUGCUGACUCACUGGACACUUUGUAUUCAGAGGUGGCUUCCAGGCAAGGAAGUUCCAUCUCAUGACAUGGAAACAAUAAAUUGUCUGAGAUAUAUUCAUUAUCUGUGGUAAUAAUAGGAAUCUCUGUCUACCAGAUGAUAAGUUGGUAUUUUUGGACUCCAACCAAGAAAAGCUAACUCUGGGGAUAGAAUAGCAAGUCUCAAGCACUGAAAGUAUAAAUUCCUGAAUCUUUUUUUUUUUUUUUUUAAAGCUUUGGCAAGUUGUGGUCUUUUGUCUGUCUGCUGAUAGAUCAUCUGGACCAUAGUUUUUGCUUCUACUACUUAUAAGACAAUUUAGAGGGUAUUGGACCUUGAAACUGCCUUUCCUAAGUAGAGAACAAAACCAUACAACUUCUGUGCUGAAGUGCUGAGGACAUUUGUAGUAACUCCUAAAUAGAGAGCCAAACAAUUUUUUUUUUUUUUUAAAGUAGGCUCCACACCCAGCAUGGAGUCCAGUGCAGGGCUUGAACUCCCAUCCCUGAGAUCAAGACCUGAACUGAGAUCGAGUUGGGUGCUCAAAUGACUGAGUCACCCAGGUGCCCCUAGAGAUGUUCAGUCAUAGGCUUUGUGACAGCAUUAGAGGAAGAAAAGUGUUCACACGUAUUGUAGUCCAACAGAAGAGAAAGUAGUAUAUAUACCCAUGUGUUGCCACAUAGCAUGAUUCUCCAGUGGAUGGAUGCCAGGGAUGGAUCACUAAGGUGAAAAGAGUAAUUUACAUUUAUAUAUACUAUAACUUUUUAACAAGCAUGGAAAGGGAGAGGUCUGAGAACUGCUCUUUGACAGUUUCUAUCUGGAAAGCAUUGUUCAGUCACACUCUUCCUGGAUAUAUUCCAGCUUACCUUGUUGAGUUUAAGGUGAAUGUUGGCUUCACUCCUGCAGCACUUUGUUUUUGUGUUGGCCCCAGAGAGUGAACUUUCUCUUUCUUCCUCUGGCAGCUGAUUCUUUGGUGCCAGUUUCCAUGUUUCCCCUUUUCUACACAGGCCUUGUGUAGCAGAAAGGUUUUUACAUUGCAUCCACAUUCUGGGGAUAAGCUGGCGACUGGUAGUGGGGAUGCUGGCAGGGUCAAGAAUUGGGCUACAGUUCCCAGAAGGACUGUGCCUCAGAAAUUUUCUAUCCUACUUCUGAUUUUAUUUCUAGAUGUUGAACCUGGGGAAAACUAUGAUGAUACUUGAGAAAAGAGUUGCCUUCUCUAGAAACAAGGAAAACCUAAUUCUUUUACAGAUCAUUUGAUUUUGAUUUAAAUCCCAAGAGUAAGAAUUGACUCUUUAAUUUUAUUACUCUUCUUGUAUUAAGAGGGAAAAUAAGCCCUCUGAAGAAAACAUCACGAAGGGAAAUAAUUGGAAUAAUGGAAAAAGAGGAACAGAGCUAUGCAAAGAAAGCAGGAAGUAAAAUCUCUCUCUAGUCCCUGGUAUCUAUAGUCCUCUAUUCUGGCUUUCAGAUGACAGGAAAGACUAAAUCCUUUGAUAGGCUCACCAGAAACCUCUGGCUCUUGACUUAAGUUUCAGAUGUUGAUUUUUAUUCAGUAAGCCCCAAGAUUUUCAGAUGAUAGGUCAUGAAAAACAAUGAGGAGUUUCUACCCUUGGUUUGUUUAGGAGUCUUUAAGAUACAGAGAUCAGAAAGUAAGAUACAGAGAUCAGAAAGAAAGUCCUCAGAUCUAAGCCAACAGCAGUUCUAAAAUGCUAUUUAUUUGUGUCUGUAAGAUUGUACAUAGUAAUAUCAACCUCAUAUUGUUGCAGAAUUUUUUUUUCCUGCAAGUUUGAGUUGUGUUUUGUUGAAAGAAAUGCUUCAGUUGUCAUUUUGUCACUGCAUUUCAGAUAGCUCCUGACCCUUUUAACACAUCAUAAUAACCCACAAAGGCGGGGGGUUUGAGGUUUGGUUUUUUUUUGUUACUAGUUCUUUUAUUUGUCCUUGUGACUGUAGUGAUGACUUCAUAGACGCAGAGAGUGAACGGAUGAGUGAAUAAUUGGUUUAAUGCAUAAUUACUUCACUUCUUGAGUGCUCUUUUUGGCAAGAUAAUUGUAAAUGUAUAUAUUUUAAUUGCACUGGUACAUUGAACAUAUGUCGCUGUCUAUACCACUGGACCAACAGAGCUUUUUCUGGCUGUUGGGUGCCUGAUAAUAAUGUCUUGAUUUUCCUUUGGGACUCAACAAUAUAGGUUUUUCUCCUAGCAGUAGGGGGAAUACAGAUGAUCGAUCAUUGAUGUCAUUGCAAUUGUUAUUUUUUAAAAUAAAUUUGUAAAAAGACUAAAAAGGGAUUUUUGAAUUUUCACAUUUCUUAGGUUCUAGGUUGUGUUUAUAAUGUCGAAAUUGUGAUCUUUGUAGACAGACGUGGGAGCUCCAUAGACAGUGUCAAAUUUGCAGUGUCCAGGCCUCUUACUUGUGUGUCUUUCCUUACUCUUUUCUUCCCUUUUGGCCCUCCCUCCUAUUAAGGAAGUAUUCUCUGCACCUGUGCACUGAUUGUAUAUUUCGUCUUAUUACUGUAAGUGUUAACCAAAAUUUGAUGAAGUAAUUCCACAAGCAAAAUAAGCCUUUCAGUUAUUGAUGGAGAGAACAAAGGUAAAAGAAAUACAGAAAAAAAAAUUAAAUUUCCUUACAACUUACAGUCCAUUGACCAGUACUUGAAAAGGCAGAGUGACCUUCCUCUAGGAACUCAGCUGCCUACAUGUUAAUACCUUGCUAAGAGCAAAAGGCAACCUUAGCUUGACAUUAGCCUGUCCUCCAGGACUUCCUUUAACAUU